AGACCGAUCUUGGCCUUCGACAGAGAUUUGGCCACCGAAUCACCGUUAACUGAUACCACACAAGGGGCAAGCUCAUCUGGCCUUACAUGCCAACUAAAGUAUGCUGAGCUGGAGAUCUCGAGCAAUUCGGCCUCAUCUCCACCUCCAUACCAUGACAACACAUUCACCACCACCUCCCACAUGAGUCCAGCUCUCUCUGCCAUCUCGAAUGCACCAUUCUUUCUUCCCAGCCAAUAUGAAGAAGUUCAGUCAUAUCCGCAACUUCAACUUCAAUUUCGUCAUCCAAACAAAGCCCAGGAAUUGCCUUGUCAACAGAGUUCUAUUCAAUUCCACUCGCCUGUACACAGCUACAAGUAUUCGUCUCAGAAUCAACAUCAACAUCAUCAUCAACAUCAACAUCAACAUCAAAAACAACAGUUUCAGCAUCAGCAGCAUCAGCAGCAACAGCAGCGUUGGUUUCAUGAACUUGUGCUGGUUCGCACAAAAAGCAACUGGAAAUUUUAUCUACUCGGUCUGAUUGUUGCCGACCUGUUCGUCUCAUUUCUCACCGACACAAGCACAGUUUCUAGAGAGGCCUUUGUGAGAUCUGCCUUCGCUUGGCUCGACCAGAAAUGCUCACUCACUCAACUGAGGCCGCGUAAGUCAACCCAUUGCACAAUUCAACCAUGUCUCCACGGCAAUAUCGCCCUCUCUACAGGUCCUCUUUCAGCUACCCAUACAUUAAACGUCUCCAAACAUAACUUUAUUGUUGCUAUAUGA